AUGCCUCGAGGCAAACAACGCUCCAAGCUUGCCCUUAAACAGCCAAAGAAGUUUUCACAUCAAUGCUCGGCACUGACACAUUCAUACGAUGCCUGCAAAAAUCGAGCGGCCAUCUCGCGAGCGCUAGGGGGACUCCCAGUCUGCUGGCUUCAUAGGAAGCUCAGGCUCACGGUAACUUCUUGCCAGGCGGUGCUUGGGAACAAUCGCAAAUGCCUCAAAAAGAUCCCUUGGUCUGAAAAACAGCUUUGUGUCAAACACAAGGAUUUCGUUCUGCCAUGCUACAUACUGCGUCUACCUACCGAACUUCGUCAACAUAUUUUCUUAUAUAUUCUGGACGAAUAUCAGAGCCAAUAUGUUCCAUACUACACUUAUUGCAGUUUUAUAAACAUGAUGUGCCUGAGCCGUCAGAUUUUUGAGGAAGCAACCGAUAUCCUCUACCGAAAUCUCGUAUGCAAUAUCUCCCUGUCCGAACGGCGUGUAUACAUCUUGGGAAGACGAUGUCUUUCAGUUCAACCUGGCUCCUGGCAAAAAUUCAAACAAUUUUGCUUUCAAUUUGAAGUUUGUGAAAACCCCAGAGCAGUCCUUGAAAAUAUUAAGAUUGUUGCAACACAGCUUCGUGAUUCCAGCAUCAUCAAGCUCAAUAUUCGGGUUACAUCAUGGUAUACUUGGUGGGUAUAUCUUCAAACUGCUCAACAGAUGUAUAAAACCCUGCCCAUUUACCUGGAUGCUAUUCGGCAAAUAGGGAGAGUGAGAGAGGCCAGUGUCACGAUAUCCCAUGAUCCGUCUCCUGAGUUGAGGAGAACCGAAUAUGUAGCAAAACCUGGGUCAGAGAGGGCUAAACUCAUAGCAAUGGAAUUGGAGUGGAGAAGGUACUAUGAAGAAUGGGUUAAGGACAUGGAGUGA